AUGGCGCCGCCGACGUUUGGAGCGACGUCCCGCCAGGGCAAGCGCGGCGCCGUGGGCAAGGCCAAGCAUGGGCGCGGCACGACGGGCGUGGGAGCCAACCCGAGCCUGCGCAAGAAGUCGAAGCUCGUGGUCACGUUCGACCCGGACAAGCGCAAAGAGUACCUGACGGGCUUCCACAAGCGCAAGCAGGAGCGUCGCCGCUUCGGUUUGGACAUGGAGGCGUACAAGGUGAAGAAGCGCCAGCUGGAGGCCAAGAAGCAGCGGCGCGAGGAGCAGAAGGAGAAGCUGGCGGCGCUCAACCUGCUGGAUGAUGAGAAGAAGGACGACGAUGAUGAAGACGAAGAAGAUGACGACGACGACGAGCAGGGCAGCGACUCGGACGCCUCCGAGGACGAGAACAAGCCCGUGCUGGGCGGCGCCAAGGCCGUGACCAAGGUCAUGACUUUCAACGACGACUUCACGCGGGGCAAGUACGGCGACGUGGUGACCGUCACCACGUCGGUGGGCGACUUGCAGAGCGACAGCGACGACAGCGGCAGCGACCUGGCGCCUUCGGACGACGAAGAGGAUGACGCGGACAAGCCCAAGCACCCGGCCUUCCUCCGGAAGAAGAAGAAAUUCGAGGAGCCGCACUUGACGCUCUUCCAGCGGAUACAGCAGCAGCGCAAGGGCAAGGCGCUGCCGUCCAAGCGCUCCAAGCUCAAGGAUGCGCGUGCGGCGCGCAAGGCUAUGAUGGGCAAGAAGGGCAACGGCGGCGCUGUCACGGGCAAGAAGCGCGGCGCCGACGACGGCGCUGCUGAAGGCUCUGCCGUUAGCAAACUCAACAAGAAGCUCAAGAUGAAGCGCAGUCAGGGCGGCGCCAACAAGCGCCAAAAGAAACGGUAA